UUCGUGCUUGGCGUGGCGGUGACGUGUUGCUCAGUAACCAGUAGAAAAUUAUUUUCUGUUUGAAACAGGACUUUCUCUCGUGAGUUUAUUCACGUCACAAGUGUUCCAGUCAACAGUUAAUUCGCAUUAGUGCCAAGAAGUGUGUUUGUGUUGUAAAGUAAAACUAUAACAUAAAUUAUGUCCAAAUCGCAAAACAAAGGUUUUACCAAGGAAGAAGAACUAUUGCUUCAAGAUUUCAGCAGAAAUGUGUCCACCAAAUCAUCUGCCUUAUUUUAUGGUAAUGCCCUAAUUGUCUCCACUGUUCCAAUAUGGUUAUUCUGGAGGAUACAUAUGAUUGAUAUUUAUUCAUCUCUAAUACUAUUUGCUGUUGUGACUGCUGUUUCUACAUACCUUUUGGCUAUGGCAUACCGAAAUACCAAAUUUACAUUGAAACACAAAAUUGCAGUUAAGAGAGAAGAGGCUGUUACCAGAGAUUUGACAAAAAAGUUGGCUGAUGACAAGAAAAUGAGUAAGAAGGAAAAAGACGAGAGAAUUCUGUGGAAGAAAAAUGAAGUUGCUGACUUUGAGGCUACAACGUUUUCAAUAUUUUACAACAAUGCUUUAUUUUUAGCAGUUGUUAUUCUAUCUAGUUUUUAUUUGCUUCAGUCUUUCACUCCAGCCGUAAAUUAUACCUUAUCCAUUGGAACCACUGCUGGACUUCUUGCUCUCCUGUCAACAGGUUCUCAGUAAAUUACUUAGUAUUUUUUUAAGCAUUUGUUUUCUAUUUAUUAUUGUAGUAAUCAUUAAUUUUCUAAAUAUAAAUUUGGUUAUAUAAUACAUAAUAAAAACAUUUAUUUCUCCAAUUC